AUGACAGUGCCUCAGGAACACAAUAUGACAGUGCCUCAAGAACGCAAUAUGACAGUGCCUCAAGAACGCAAUAUUGGAGUGCCUCAAGAACGCAAUAUGACAGUGCCUCAAGAACGCAAUAUUAGAGUGCCUCAAGAACGCAAUAUGACAGUGCCUCAAGAACGCAAUAUGACAGUGCCUCAGGAACGCAAUAUUAGAGUGCCUCAAGAACGCAAUAUUAGAGUGCCUCAAGAACGCAAUAUUAGAGUGCCUCAGGAACGCAAUAUGACAGUGCCUCAGGAACGCAAUAUUAGAGUGCCUCAAGAACGCAAUAUGACAGUGCCUCAAGAAUGCCAUAUAGCAAUACCUCACGAGCCCCACAUGACAGUGCCAACAGAGCCCCACGUGACAGGUUCUCAAAAGUCCCACAUGACAGUGCCCCAAAAUUUCCAAAUGACAGUGCCUCAAGAGCCUUACAUGACAGUGCCUAAAAAUCCGCACUUGAUCGUGUCUCAGGAUCACCAAAUGACAGUGCCUCAAAAGCCCCACAUGACAGUGCCUCAAAAGCCCCACAUGACAGUGCCUCAAAAGCCUCACAUGACAGUGCCUCAAAAGCCCCACAUGACAGUGCCUCAAAAGCCCCACAUGACAGUGCCUCAAAAGCCUCACAUGACAGUGCCUCAAAAGCCUCACAUGACAGUGCCUCAAAAGCCCCGCAUGACAGUGCCUCACAUGACAGUGCCUCAUAUGCGUCACAUGACAGUGCCUCAAAAGCCCCACAUGACAGUGCCUCAGGAUCCCCAUAUGACAGUGACUCAAGAGCCCCACAUGACAUUGCCACAAGAGCCCCAAAUGAAAGUGCCACGAGAGCCUCGCAUAGCAGUGCCUCAGGAUCACCACAUGACAGUGCCUCAGGAUCACCACAUGACAGUGCCUCAGGAUCACCACAUGACAGUGCCUCAGGAUCACCACAUGACAGUGCCUCAGGAUCACCACAUGACAGUGCCUCAGGAUCACCACAUGACAGUGCCUCAGGAUCACCACAUGACAGUGCCUCAAGAUCACCACAUGACAGUGCCUCAGGAUCACCACAUGACAGUGCCUCAGGAUCACCACAUGACAGUGCCUCAGGAUCACCACAUGACAGUGCCUCAGGAUCACCACAUGACAGUGCCUCAAGAACACCACAUGUCAGUGCCUCAAGAGCCCCUCAUGAAAGUGCCUCAAGAGCCCCACAGGACAGUACUUCAAGAGCCCCAAAUGACAAUGCCUCAAGAGCAUUACAUGGCAGUGCCACAAGAGCUCCACAUGACAGUGGAUCAAGAGCCCCACAUGACAGUGCCACAAGAGCUCCACAUGACAGUGCCACAAGAGCCCCAAAUGACGGUGUCUCAAGAGCCCCAAAUGACAGUAACUCAAGAGCUCCACAUGAGAGUCCCUCAUGAACACAAUAAGACAGUGCCUAACCCACUCCGAAGAUUAAAGCCAUACUCACGUUGUGCACCGAAGGCUUCCGUCAAUCACUCAACAAUGGUUCCCGUCCACUGUUCACCGGCGACUCCUGUCCGCCAUUCACAAGGAGCGUCUGUCAACCGUACGCCAGUGCCUCCUGUCCACUAUACAAAUGUUCCACACGUCCAGUAUAGGCCAGUAUCAGCUGUCCAGUAUCCAGAAGUGUCUUAUGUUCAGUCUAUGCGAGUACCAGCCUUCCACGAUACAGAAGUGCCACCCGUCCACUCUACGACAGUGCCACUUACUCAAAGGAGAGAAUUGCCUCCCGUCCACUGUAUGGUAGAGCCUCGAGCUCAAAAUACAGAAGUGUCGCCCGUCCACUCAGAGACAGUGUCUCCUUCUAAGCAUUCAGAUGUGCUAUCCGUCCACGCUAGGACAGUGUCUCCAGUCCAAAAUACAGAAGUGGCACCCGUCCACUCAAAAACAGUGUCUCCUGCCAAGAUUAGGGAAAUGUCACCCGUCCACUCUAGAGCAGUGCCACCUGUUCACUAUAGAGAAGCGUCAUCCACCCACAACUCACACAACACCUAUAACACCAAUAACACGCACAACACCCACCACGCAUCUACAACACCCACAACACUAGCUGAAGAACAUGAAGGCUCGAUCAUGGAAGCUGAGAUAAUGAGUGGUGGUCGUAUUGAACCAUGGUUCGUGUCCCAUCUCUUGCUUAACUCCGAAAAUCUUGAUCAAUACUGCAGUGAUGACAGUGAUUAA